AUGGAAGUCGAUGAAGCUGUUGUGGAUUUAAGUAUUAGUUCCAACAGACCAUUGUCAAUUCCGCCUGCUUACAACCUGCCGCAACAGCCAAACAACGCCAACAUAGUUCCUCAUCCCGUCAUCCUAGCGCAACAGCAGCAGCCCAUAGUGAACCAGAGGAGGAUUCUGAGACCCCGAACUGAGCCGAGGUCGUACGUGGAAAGUCCCGACGUGCUGAUCAACGGCACUUUGGAGAAGAGGACGAACGGCAAUUUGGAUUACAGCAGCGAUUCCAGCGAAGGAGAGAUGCCGCCACUAGCGCCUAUCAAAGAGUUGUCUUCUUCUGAGAUCAAGCACAGAGACCGCGGCUUGCGACGGCUCCGCGAAGAGCUGCGCGCCGAAGAGAUGAAGCUCGUCCUGCUGAAGAAGCUGAAGCAGUCGCAGCAGCUGAAGGAGAACGUCGCCGUGCUGCCGGCCAGCCUGCCGGCGUCCGCUCUGGCCCCGCCCAAGGGGCAGCAGUCGCCGCAGAUGGCGCACGCGCGGCAUCCGACGGCCGUCUCCGCGCACAAGAUGGGCAGUGGCAUGGGGGGCGUGUUGCAGGGCAACGCCAACUCGCCCAAUAUCAUGAGGCAACAAGCUCCACCAGCACGAGGCAACGUCCACGGCCCUCCUCUGAGUGCCUCGCCCAUAAACACGAGAACCAGCAUUUCCGUUCCACAGCCACCGCAGAGGACUUCCAUUGGUCGACCGACCAGUGGAUUUUCGGUUGGAGUCAAAGAUUUGUCACCUUCCGUCACCAUCACUCCGGCUCCACCCCAGACCAUCAAGGAAAGACCCAGAGAAGAUAAUCAGACUCCUGCUCAAAGACAAGCUGCAGCUAAAUUGGCGCUUCGCAAACAACUAGAGAAAACUUUGCUACAGAUUCCACCUCCCAAACCCCCUCCUCCAGAAAUGCACUUCAUACCGAAUCCUAGCAACACCGAGUUCAUCUAUUUGGUGGGAUUGGAGCACGUCGUCGAUUUCCUUACAAAGGAGACGAAAAUCCCAUUGCCACCUCAGCCGUUCGCCUGCAGUCAGUGCCAAUCCGAUUUCACUCCUGUGUGGAAGUGGGAGACUGGCAAAAAACAAAAAAGUCUAAAGUCGGUAAUCUGUGAACAGUGUGUAACUAAUAAUGUGAAGAAGGCACUGAAAGCAGAGCACACCAACAGACUGAAGACUGCAUUCGUCAAAGCACUUCAACAAGAACAGGAGAUUGAGCAGAGACUUGCACAAAACGGCGUGUUCACGUCGAGCAGCCCCGCCCCCUCGCCCGUCGCCACGCCUGAAGCCCUGCCCAAGGCGGCCACGCCCACGCCGGCUCCUCGCCCCGCCCCCACGCCUCCCGCCCAGCCCCCGCCGCAGCCGACUCCGCCCCCGCCGCUGCCUCCGACAUCUGCCCAGCAGCAGUCGACGCGUGGCUCGGGCAGUCACGGCGGCUCGAGCAGUCACGGCGGUGCGGGCGGGCACGUUAGUUCAGGCAGUUUGGGCGGGCACGGCGGGUCGGGCGGCCACGGCUCGGUGGGCGGCAGCUCUGGAGUUAGUUCGGGCGGCCACUCGACGUCGUCGUCGACGUCUGUCGCCGCGCAGGAUAAGUACUCGCAGCAGCAGAACGCGGCCGCCAUGCAGGCGUUGCAGCAGCAGCUAUUGAGAAGUCUCUCGAGCGGCGUCCCUCCCGCCGCCGCUGCCGCCCACAUGCUCCAGUUCUCGCCACUCCUCUACCCCUACCAGCUGGCCAUGGCGCAGGCGCAGGCGGCGGCUGCCACGGGCGGCAAGUCGGGCCCCGCCUCCAACCUGGCCGAGCUGCAGCGGGCGGCCGACCUGCACCGCCAAUACCUGCUCGACAUGAUUCCGCCCGCGCCACCGCAGCGCCACAACUGGAAGGCGUGAUGGGGGGCGGCCGGGCGGGCCCCGCGCUACGCGGGCGGCAAGAGCUAAUUUAUUUUAUUCGAGUGUAG